AUGCAUGCACCCGUAAAGGAGCAUACCAUCGACGAGGGCAACGGCCAAUAUAGCGAGAAAGCUGAUAAGAAGUACAAUACCAGCAGCCAGCAUUCCCAGAACAUGGCGGCUCAUCGACGGGUAUGCGUUUUCUCCCCAAGUCAGGGAAGUGACUAUUCCGACGACGCCCAGCAGAAAGAGGAUGAUGCCAAUGUCGUCUACUUGCUUGACUUCAGUGACGACGGUAUUCUCACGCCUCGACUUCGUUGGUGGCGGCCAAUAGGACAAGAGGAUCAGGGAUGCCGAGUUGAAGUAGUAGAACUAGCGGCAACCCCUCAAGCUCAUACUGGCGAAACCGCCAGCUGUCACAGAUCAGUCGACAAUCGCCAGGACGCCAUUGAUAAGUCCGAGAUGCCCUUGUGCAAAGACGACUUCCAUGGAAGCCGGAAUCACAGAAUCACAAGUAGCUGGCCACUGGUGACUCAGCCUAGCAACACCGGAUCGAAUAUUCUGGCCGUCGAUGGUGCUCAUGUUGUUUUGCCUCAGUCACCGCCGACGCAACAAUUUCCUUGUACAACAGAUGGGGGAGGCUCUGUUCCUACUGCUCACACGCAAAUAGAAACCAGGCGAGUUGCCCAGCGGAAUUCUCCACGGUCUGGAGAUAUCGUGCCGUCUUCUCUCACGCGGCAGAUCCAGGAAUCAUAUCCAUGUCAGGAGCACGAUGCGCGAAUCCCCACGGACGGGGCAGCGGAAGCCGCUGAAACCCUAGAGUAUACCCAGUCAAUCACCUUGGUCCAACAGAGCGCCCACCGCAAUGAAAGGCAGGACAUCGCCUUACAGCCUUUGGGGCUCUCUCUCCCGGAGGCUACUUUUCGUGACGUGUGUCUCUGUCGCUAUGCCGAGUUUGUGUACCCAGUGCUACCUCUACUGGACCUGGAAGACUUCCUCGGAGAGUUAAAUAGCGGAGGCCGAGGGGUAAGCUUGCUCCUCCUCAGUGCUGUCGUCUAUGCUGCAGUUGCUUUCGUCGAGGUCGAACAUGUCAAGGACGCUGGUUACAGCUCCAAAAUGGCCGCACGGAAAACGCUCUAUGAGAAAGCCAAGCUGCUCUUUGAUCUUCGUGCUGAAGACAGCAAGGUGGUUAUGGUUCAAGCGGCGUUACUCCUGAGCACGCCUCAUGGGGACAUGGACGACCGUAAAGAUGCCUGGUACUGGGUGGGGACUGCUACCGCUCUGGCCCAGUCGCUGGGGCUUCACCUCGAGCGACUGAGCCGUGGUGGCGAUGGCCGAAAGAACUGUCUGCGGAGGCGUUUGUGGUGGUGUUGCUAUAUUCGUGAGCACGUCGUGGCCAUGGGAAUGGGUCGGCCGUGCCGAAUGUCACAUUACAAUGUCACAAUGAUCAGCAUAGCGGACUGUGAUAUUGCGCCGCUACCAGAUUCAUCUCCCCUGGCGCGUUUUUUCCCUCCUGAAUCAAGACAGACAACCGCACGGCUUCGGCUGGCUACCUUGUUCAUCGAAAAAGCAAGGAUAUGCAUAUGCAUGCACAAGAUUGUUGCUGCUGUGUAUGCCGCAGACGUUUCCCACGGAGACGAAGAGUCUCUCGACGCUAUCGACUCUGGACAGCCCACCAAGUCUAACAAGAUUGAGGAGUGCAUUCGAGAGCUCGAAUUAUGGGUCAAGAUGCUCCCAACGGAGGCUGCAUACAAGGGAGGUCCUGUAAGUGCGAUCCAGGAUGACGACCGCUGUCUUGUCGUGUCCCGAAUUAUGCUUUGGAGUAUUUAUUACUGGUCAAUCAUUACCCUUCACCGCCCUUGCGCAUUCGGCAACAUAUCCUCCGCGAACCGCGCCCAACAACCAGUCGGUCAGUCAAGGCUCCUUGUACGAUGGGCAGCUCAGCAAGUAACAAGCGUCCAACAGUUUUUGCAUGAUCAACUACUGAACGGCUACUUGGAUGCCACCGCUGUCGCCAUCCUUAUCGGCGCUAUCGUCGUUCACAUGCAGGAUUGUAGAGUUGAGCACCACACUGUGCAAAGACACGCACUUCACGAUCUCCGUCGCUGUAUGAGCUUUUUGUGA